UAUUUUGGAAAUAUUUUAUAAGUCUGAAAAUCUGAUUUUAGCAAAAUUGACAUUAUUAAAUUAAUUGAAUGAGAGAGAGAGAAAUGCAGGAGGAGGGAGGGAGGGAGCGGUGGUCACACUUGAUGAUGGAGUCAUCUGCAAAAACCUCAUCUUCUGAUCACAACGCCUUUAUCUCUACCGCCCAUUUACUCCCCAGCUCCACCGCUAGCUGUUGGAUCGCACCGCCGCACGCCGGAGGACGUCCGAUGUUCUGCCCGCAGGCCACCGCCUUCACAUUCAACCUCAACGCCGUAGAUAAUAAUGAGCAAGAUUUAAUUUACAACGACGACAGUAAUGGCGGGGAUGGGGAAAUCCCCAAAUUGCCCCUCUUCGAGAAGCCCUUGACGCCCAGCGACGUCGGGAAGCUCAACCGUCUCGUCAUACCCAAGCAGCACGCCGAGAAGUAUUUCCCCUUGAACGGCGGCGCCGAUUCCGCCGGCGAGAGCGGCAUGCUCCUCAGCUUCGAAGAUGAGCUCGGAAAAUCGUGGAGGUUUCGGUACUCGUACUGGAACAGCAGCCAGAGCUACGUGCUCACCAAAGGCUGGAGCCGAUUCGUCAAGGAGAAGCGCCUCGACGCCGGCGAUGUUGUGGUCUUCGCGCGCCACCGCGCCGACGCCGGACGGUUUUUUAUUGGAUGGAGGAGGCGGAACUCAGGCGGCGGCGGCGGCGGCGGAGGAGGAGAAGACGGUUCUAACCUAACUCCAGCCAACGGCGACGGAUGGAACAGAGCAUUCUAUUCAGGCAGUCCUGCUUACCGGAGACAACACCAAAUGCAGUCAUCUCUUCCUCAACCACACGAUUUCCAUCACCACACCGCAGGAUCACUUCUACAGAGCCAAACAACAGCAGCAACAGUCGGUGGGAAUUCCAAGACGCUCAGAUUAUUCGGAGUGAACAUGGAAUGCGAGUCUCAAUCCGAGUCGAGUCAGACUCAGCACUACCCCUGCCAUGAAUAUCAUCACUCCCAUCUCAUGGACACUACUUUCUCAGGAGCAGAAGAUGCAUAUCCUCAUCAAGGAUAAGAUCUCAGGGAUGUGACGUUCAUGCUUUGACCUUAUUUCUUGCAGGAAAAAAUAAAAAAGUGAAAAAGAGAUAUGGAAAAUACCAGAAUUUUCUGGGCAAGCUUCUUCUCUCACUUGGAAAAAGCAAUGACAGACAGCACAGGGAAUUAUUGAAGAAGAAAAACUGGAAAGUUAGGUUAUAGAAAGAGAUCGAGCAAUAGGUGGAUGGGAAGUGAAGAAAUUAAUUGGGUCCUACUACUGCUCACUCCUACAGAAAUAUGCAUGGGUAAGAAUAAAUUUAUUUAAUUUGUUGGUGAAAUUGAAAUUGAGAGACGAAAUGAAAUGAUGGUGAGAUGAGGUGAGGUCCCAGUCCCAGUCCCAGAUGAGAUGAGAUGAUGAGAGUGGAUGCUGCAAGAACAUAUAUAUAUAUAUAUAUAUAUAUGGAUUAUUAUUUUUAUUUUUAAUUAUUAGUUGCAGUCAAGAAUCUCAACAUUGUACAAAAUCAUUUUGAAUUUUGCAACUGUAGUGAUCUUCCUCCAGAUAGAUUUUUUUUUUUUU